GCAGUGCAGCCUAGCUCAGCGUGCCCUCUGCGGGCUGUGGCGCUCCGGCUCCCGCUCCGUCGUCUGCAAGCGUGCGUGCGUACGAAAAGUGACGUCCAACCACCGAGCAAGAUCCGCUCUAUAAGACGUCGCGUCCUUUCCACCUACAGCGCAAGUACACUACCGGAACACACGACACGAGCGAGCGCUUGGACCGUUCCGCGCGUGGUGACAUCGAUCAGCUGGAGAGAGCGAUCGGCCGGUCGAGAGAUGCCUCCCGGUCCCGGCGUCGUCGCGGACCACCAGGCGCCACCGGCUCAGCCGCCGCGGAGCCCUCACCGGGGCAACGGCGGCGCCAUGCCCAUGCCGCAGAGCCCGCUCCGCAUCAAGCAGGACGGCAAGUUCUACGAGCGGCUCCUCACCAAGGAGAGCUCCGCGGCCAACCUGUCGUUCCGGUACUACUGGGCGGAGCCGGGCGCGGUGCCGUUCGUCUGGGAGUCGCAGCCGGGCACGCCCAAGGACGUCGCGCGGAUGGGCGCCGCCGGCGCGCUCCCGGCCAUCACGCCGCCGCCGUCGUACCUGCUCCGCCACGGCGACGGGGUCGCCUCGGCACGCCAUGACCAGAAGAGCGGCGGCAGCGGCAGGGCGGCGAGGAGCUCCAGGAAGCGGCGCUGCAGGCUCAAGAGGAUCAGGAUCGGCUUCGUCGCCGGCAUCUUACGGCGGCUCAGCCUCGGGAAGAGGUGGCGACGACAGCGCCCGGCGACGCCAGUCAAGGUGGCGUCGUCCUCCAGCCGGUGGCUCUUCUCCUCGGUGGCCACGGAGACAGGCGAGCACAACGACAUCCACCAGGACGAGAUCGGCGCCGUCGUUGCCGCGCACCCGAAACAGCACAAGGCCGUGCCGUGCAGCUUUCCCACCCUGUGGCUGCUGCGCUUCCGCAACAGCUCCGGCAACCGGGCCGGCGGCCGCAACGACGGCUGGGCGUAGGACGGUCGUCGUCGCUCUCCAGCGUGGUUGCGACAAGGAAUCGCAAGUCAGAAAGUGGUUUGUUAUGGUUACCAAAUAGGUUAACGAUCGAUUUCUAUCGCUGCCAGUGAGUCCAACUGCGUUUGUUUGUAUAUUGCCCAGUGGCAGUGCAGUGCUGCAUGAAAUUUUAUUCUUUUUGUGUU